CAAACAAAACAAAGAAUCCACAGUAAGAUUGGAUAUUUUUUUUGUGAAAGCUGAAGAAGAAGAAGAAAAGAUUAAUCAAAGAUGGGAAUAUCAGCCUCAAAACGAGUCAAAACAACACUAUCCAACUCACAAGAGUUCAACUUAGCUUGUGACUCAACCUUCACUCACUGUCUAUCCCUAACUCAACAUGCUUUCCAAGGCAUCCUCCCUUACCAGCUCCCUACCGCCACCACUUACCUCCACACCACCCUCACCACGACCGCCGCCGCCGCCCCACUAAUCCUCAAGUGGGUACCAUCUCCACCAACCCGGGGCCAGAUUGACUGGGCACUCCGGAUGGUCACAAACAGGAAGCCAGGAGCAGCCCAGGAGGAGAAAGGGGAGCUUAUUCUUGAGCAUGCCAAAUUUAGAGAGUGGGCUUUGGUUUUGUUCACAGAGGCUGCUGUGGGGAAUGCUGGUAAGGCUAUUUUGGGUCGGCUGCCACUUGGGGUUGCUGGGAUUGUGGGUGUUGGUGCUGUAGUGAAGGGUGGUAAGGAGGUGGUGGGGGCGGCGAUUGGCGUUUACGCGCUUGGGGUUGUUACUUCUGUUUAUCUUAGUUUGUCUGGUUAAGCUUCCCAUGUGUUGUGAGUUUUGUCUGUUUGACACGUGGAGAUUAUUUUCUGGCUAUUUGCAGCUUUGUAUGGGUUCAACCACAUUGUGUUUUGAUGCACUACCUGUCGUGUAUGGUAGUGCUAUAGAUUUUUUUAGAAGCUUGGCAAAA